AUGGCGGAUCCCCGGGUAAUUCUGGACGCUUCGCGCGUCUUCGACAAGGACAUGGUGGCCAUACUGGACUCGGUGAUCGACGCUAUGUUCGAUUCGGGUGCCGGCCAUAACAGGGAGGCCGCGCACAAGCUGCUCGAGCAGUUCAGAACCAUGCCAGACAGCUGGAAGCACGUGGUUGCCAUUCUGUCGCAUUCCAACAACGCGAACACCAAGUUCUUCGCGCUUCAGGUCCUGCAGGGGUGCAUCCAAACCCGUUGGAACGUCCUGCUGCCGGAGGACCGCUUGGGGAUUCGGCGUUACGUCUCCGAGAUGGUCGUCAACAUAAGCAUGGACGACGAAGCGUGUCAGCGUGAGCGUCACUUCCUGACCAAGCUGAACGAGACGCUGAUCCAGAUCGUCAAGCGUGAGUGGCCUGACCGCUGGGAAGGUUUCAUCUCGGAGAUUUGCCGUGCCUCCCAGAUCUCGCAGAGCCUCUGCGAGAACAAUAUGCGGCUCCUGAACAUGCUGAGCGAGGAGCUGUUUGAUUUCGGUGAGGACCACAUGCAGAGCCGCACCGUGCAGCGGCUUACGGCCCGCAUGGCGAGCGACUUCCGGGAAAUAUUCGAUGUGUGCAUCUUCGUGAUGCACAGCGCCAUCAGCAACCCGGACGCGGUGAGGAUUUCGCUCAUCAGGCAGACUCUGACGUGCCUGGCCCACUUCUUGAAGUGGAUUCCCGUGGGCUACAUCUUCGAGCAGUACACGCACAACAACGUUAGGGUGGUGCUGAUCGACCUCCUGCUGGACCACUUCUGGGACCCCGUGUUGUACAGGGUGGAGUGCACCAAGUGCCUCACUGAGAUCGCGAGCCUCUCCCUGUCAUCACAAGAGAUGCAGAUGUUUGGUCCCCGCGUGGCAUCCAUGUGGCCCAAGAUCGUGAACAAGAUGUCGAUGCUGCCCGAGAGUUCAAUGAGCUACGAGGACACCACACAGGUGGUUCCGAGCAUGCGCCUGUUCUGGGAGACGUUCUACACGCAGUUCAGCAUUUUCUGCACCAACUUUUUGAAGAACUUCCGCGAGUCCAUUGUGGAGCGCGACCCGAACAACCAGCAGUCGCUGCUCUUCGUGCUGGAGCGCCUGGUAAAAAUCACGGACAUCAACCACGAAGAAACGUUCAAGAUCUGCCUCGAUUACUGGCACUUGUUUGUCACCUCCAUCGCGCGGGAGGUGAAAGACCAACAGCGCCGACACGCGGCCGACCGGGGCAUCAUCAUAACCGAGGAUGGCACCGAGGAGGCCUUCGAUCGCACGACGCUGAACCUGAACCCUUCCUACGACUCCGGUCGCCUGCCGAUGUAUCGCAAGGUGCUGGUGGAGUUGCAGAAGGUGCUGAUAAAGCGCAUGGCCAAGCCGCAGGAGGUCUAUAUUUUGUACGACGCCGACGCGUGCGAGGUCACCAGGGAGUACAACCCCAACACCGCCGAAAUCGCGUUGUACAAUCGCAUGAAAACGGACCUCAUCAUCCUGGCCACGCUGCUCCAGGACGACACCGAGCGCAUCAUGAUGGACGUGCUGGACCACGAGAUGGAGAUUGCGAACACCGCCGGCCGGAGGGACACGUGGGACCCGACCAUCCUGAACCGGCUUUGCUACAGCGUCGGUUCGAUAUCCGGCGCCAUGGACGAGCAGGUGGAGAAGCGCUUUUUGGUGCUCAUCAUCAAGUGCCUGUUGAACAUCUGCGAGGUCAAGACCGCCACCGAGGACAAGGCGAUUGUGGCGUCGAACAUCAUGUACGUCGUGGGCCAGUACCCGCGGUUCCUGAAGCAGAAUUGGCGUUUCCUGUACACCGUGCUGAACAAGCUCUUCGAGUUCAUGCGUGAGACCUUCCCCGGUGUCCAGCAGAUGGCGUGCGAGACCUUCCUGAAGAUCACCAACUCCUGCAAGAGGACGAUCGCCUGCCAGAUGGUGAACGACCAGCUGUACCUGUACGAGCUGAUCCAUCUGCGCGACCCCAUGACCGCCGUGCUCGACGACAAGCUCGUUUUGUGGUACUACGAAUCGGUGGGGAACGUGAUUUCCGCCGUGGACGUGAAGCUGCGCGACAACAUCAUAUCCCAGCUGAUGAGCCGCUGCAACAUCGAGUGGCAGGAGCUGCUGGGGUACGCGACGAACCCCAACCUGCUGUCGACCGACCCCAACGUGUGGCGCGAGCUGCAGGGGAUGGCCAUUUUCGAUGUCGACAAAACGCGCGCCGUCAUCCAGAUCCUCCGCGUGAACAACCGCGUGGCCAAGAGCACCGGCUUCUCCUACACGACCCAGCUGAUGCUCGUCUAUCCCGGCAUUAUCCACCUGUACAACGUCUACUCCUGCGCCAUCCAACAUGCCGUGCAGACGGCCGGACCGGGCUGCCUGAAGCACAACAACAUCAACCUGAUGCACCUGGUCAAGCGUUCGAUUCUGCAUCUGUUGGAGACGUACAUUUCGCACCUGCCGAACAAGCUGACGCGAUCUCUGGCGGACUCGCAUGUCAAUAUCGCAUCCUCCGGCCGGAGUGGCCUGACCGUAGAAGAAGACCUGGCGGAAAUGUGUUCGAUGGAGGACUUGACUGUUCGCAACUACAACGAGGUCCUGAAGGAGCUUGUGAGCUCGAUCACGUCCACGGUGCUCGCAGCGUACCGCAACUCCAUGGCAGAGACCAGGGACCACGAGGUCAUAUGCCUCGUGACGACCCUCAUCGAGAAGCUGGGCAACAACGGGUGCGCCGUGCUCCCGCUGAUUUUCGAGCAAAUCUUCGACUGCACGCUCGACAUGGUCAAGCAGGACUUCCACAGCUUCCCCGAACACCGAGAGCAGUUCUACGAGAUGCUGCAGAAGUCCACUAAGCACUGCUUCGAGGGCAUCCUGAUGCUUCCCAGUGAUCGGCUGCGGUCCUACGUGAUGUCGCUGAUCUGGGCCUUCAAGCACGAGCACCCUGCCGUGGCGGAGAAGGGUCUGGUGGUGGUGCGGGAGUUCUUGAACAACCUGAUGCUGCUCGACCGCCGGCAGGAGCGCAACGCCCGCCACCCCGGCGCGAUGCAGGUCUCAGCGGUGCUUAGCUUCUGCCAGAGCUACUACUACCUGCUGCUGAAGGAGAUCCUGGGUGUGCUCACCGACACUUUGCACAAGUCCGGGUUCCGCCUCCAGACCGAGAUUUUGCGCGUGCUGAUCCGCUUCUUCGAGUGCGGCACCAUCAACGACCCCGGCUCCGAGUUGACGCGGAUGCAUGUCAUGCAAUUCCUGGUGGGAGUCCUCGGCCGCAGCUUCGCCACCCUCCACGUCAAGCAGAUCGAGGCGUUCGUGGUCGACCUAUUCAACUUCGCCGGCGAGAACAUUGCGGAUCAGGUGGACUCGUUGAAUUUCAACGGCCAGACGCUCAAGUUCCAGACCCACGUGAAGGACUUCUUGCUGUCGCUGAAGGAGUUCGCGGGCUCCGGGGAGGAGUUUGAGCGCAUUUUCGAGCAGGACCGCCAGAACGCGAUCCAACGCGCGCGCAUCAUCGAGGAGCGCAAGAUGCAGCUGCAGGCUGCGAAGGAGGUCACCUUGGACUAG